CGUAAACUACCGUCUCUUAUGCAGAGAGUAAGUAAACGAAAUCUACAAGCGCAGAAAGUUUAUACAUGUAAACUUAAAACUAUGACGUUGCGAUAGUUCUCACACGGUUUAGUCCAAAAGCAUGGAGGAAUUCAACACAACUGUCCGUGUGUCGGGUGUCGUGUUGAGUUCACUGAUGUUUCAUCAUUUGAACAGUGAUGCGGAUGUGGAAGGUCUUAUUCUUGGACAAAGUGUGGGAGAGGAGAACUGUAGGAUCACAGACUCACAAAUUGAUCACAUACAGUUUGAGCACAAUAUAAAUAUUCAGAAACAUAUCCCUUGUCAUAAUCUUCAAAGCUUCUACAGUAAUGUUGGUGAUGUGAGUGAGGAGAAAAUAAGACACAUUUUGUCUGAAUACAAAGAGGAGAAUGUGAUCGGUUGGUACAGACAACGAAGAAAUUCCAGACAGCAAAUGACCUUCAUGGAACAAGUGAUUCAUCGGAAUAUGAGAAAGAUUCUGUCCGGUCAUGAACUUGUUUUCAUGCUGCUCACACCGUCUCAGGCAACAGCAUCAGACUCCACCCAUCGCCUUGAGUUCUCUGCUUUCAUAUGGCACAGCAGCCAGUACAUCAACAUCCCCAUCUUGGUGAGCAACCUGGGCAACCUUGAACAGCAGGACUACUGGAGAGUGUCAGGCACGUGUCCAUCUUUAGGAGAGAGUCAAACUGUUAAUCGACACAGGACAAAAUUCUUCUGCUCCGGGGAUGAUUUAAAAGAGGUCGGAAAUAUCAACAACAUGAAUGAUGCCUUGUUAGGAGAAAUGCAGAAAGUGUGUGAGGAAGUGGAGAAGAGCGAAAGAGCAGUAGAGAAGCUUCAAGAAGACAUCACACAGCUCAAGGAGGCCAUCAGGAAUCAGAAGAGAAACUCUGAGAACAAUGAAACCCAAAAACAUGCUUCUCCAGAGGAACCCAAAGAGAAUGUUCUUCUGUGCUCAGCUCUCAGAACGCUCUUCCCCGAUGCGCCUUCAUUACAGACACCAACCCUCACUGUUCAGGGCUUCCCUGUAUUAGAACUGUGCUGUAAUACCAAUCAUAACAUUGAUAUUCCCUCCAAGCUGCCUCUGAUUCUGGAGAAUCAACACACCAAGAAGAAGGACACAGCUCCCCGACUCAGGAAAAAAUGCCUCGUCGCAAAUUAUCCUCAAAGACUUAAAAGGAAGAGGAAAAUGAAUGAUACCAGCGAGUUGGCCUCUGAGAGUGGGUCAGAUACAGAGGUUGAGAUGAACGGACAGAGCAGAAGUAACUCCCCUAUCUUUUAAAGAAUGCAUCUGAGCCUGAUUUUAUUGGUUCAGAAAUCUAACCAAGACUGGAGGUUGCUUUAUCUUAAUAUGAGUGUUCAUCUAAAGUCGCGCUAUUUAAUUAUUAUUAUUUUUUUUACUUUAUUUGUAAAUGUUUAUAAAUUCCUUAAAUUAAAUACUGAAUUCACACAAGGCAUUUUUAUUUAAUUGAAUUUUAAUUAUUUUUUCAUUAUAGUAGUAGAAUAUUCCAUGGAUUUCUGGUUCAUCUGGUUAUAAUUAUGUUCCACUUUAUCCACUUUUCAUCAUUUUAUAUAUUUUACAAACCACAGAUUUACAGAAACAAAAGGCUGGCCUGCAAUGUCAGUCUUCAUACAGAACCUAUUCAAAAUGUUUGAUACCACAAAUAUCGGGGUCUUUAAUAAACUGUGGAUCCUUCAGAGUGACCGACAUAAAACCUGUAGACAUUACAAAGACCUUUGUUAGUCAAAUAUCCUGGUUUUACUGUACAUGUAUGAAUAUUGUACUGAAAACAUGCAUAUUUCAUUCAUUAAAAAUAAAAUCAAAGUCAUAAAUUCUUUA